AUGACAGUUGAUGAUCAUGACGUUGCAGGAUUCCAAGGGUUGAUGAAAUCAUUGAACUUGGACUCUGACCAAUUCAAAGAAUAUGAUGCAACUAAAUUCCCAACAUACAGCUUUCAAGAACUUCUGAAUUUGAAACUUGAAAUUGAAUCUCAAUUGAGGAUACUUUUCAACUUGUUACUGCAGAAAUAUGGAGCCGAUAUGGAAACCAAUUUAGUCACUGCUGAUGGGUUCCCCAGAAAUGACAUCGACGUCGUUACAAUACGAUUAAUCCGAGUGCAAAUUAUUCGCUUAAAGAAUGAUUAUAAAGAGUUGUUGAAGGUAAUAGAUUCAAAAAUGGAGGAGGAGUUUGCUAAGAGGCAAACAGAAGUGGGAAACAAUCAUGAUCAAACUAAAACUGAAUCAAGGCUGAGUCAAUCAGAACCAACAAUUCCGUUUGCGCAAGUGAGAGAAGUAAUUAGUGGUGGUCCCGCUCAAACAGCUGGUCUUAAAGAGGGUGAUUUGAUUGUGAUUUUUGAUAAUGACAUACAUGCAUUGAAUCAUGACAAACUAUCUAAAUUGGUCGAGAGAGUGCGGUCUAAGCCAGGUGAGAAGUUGCAUUUGAAAAUCAAGCGUGGAGGAGAGGCAUUGAAUUUGGUUCUUGACACUAGUGUGACUUGGGAUGGUAAAGGCAUUGGGUGUCGCAUUAUUCCUGUAUAG